AGAACAGCAGCAAAUCUCACAGAACCCUUGCAGCUGCCUCAGCCGCCUGCUAGUCCCUAGCGACAGCAGCUGGAAAACAGAUCUUGCUUCCAGUGCCUGUGCGUGUUACCCAUCUUCAAGUCUGCGCCCUGUAAAUCUUGGUUUUCCUGGUGGUGGGUAUCCUUCGGAACCUCACGGAUUCAUGUAUGAUGGCGAGAUGGCACAAGACAGACAAGAGUGGCGUGGCUAUAUACAAUUUCAAAGGUACAGGAAUACCACAACUACCUCUACAGAUUGGUGAUGUGGUGCAUAUCUUGGAGUCCUGUGAAGAUUGGUACAAGGGUUACCUAGUAAGACAUAAAGGAUCAGAGGGAAUAUUUCCAAAAUCUUUCAUCCACAUCAAGGAAGUUACUGUUGAAAAGAAAAGACAUACGGAAAAUACAAUACCUGCUGAAAUUCCUUUAGUUCAAGAAGUUACCACUACUCUCUGGGAAUGGGGAAGCAUCUGGAAACAGCUCUAUGUGACAAAUAACAAAGAGCGGUUCCAGCAGGUGCAAUCUAUGAUGUAUGACUUAAUGGAGUGGCGGUCACAGCUUCUGUCUGGGACUUUGCCAAAAGAUGAGCUCAAAGAACUCAAACAGAAAGUCACUUCCAAAAUUGACUACGGUAACAAAAUACUUGAGCUAGAUCUAAUAGUUAGAGAUGAAGAUGGAAAUAUCUUGGAUCCAGAUAAAACCAGUGUCAUCAGUCUAUUUCAUGCACAUGAAGAAGCAACUAAUAAAAUCAUUGAACGAAUUAAGGAGGAAAUGUCAAAGGAUCAACCGGAUUAUGCAUCAUACUCCCGAAUGUCUUCAUCCCCUACCCACAGCCUAUAUGUCUUUGUGCGGAAUUUUGUUUGCCGCAUUGGAGAGGAUGCAGAACUCUUCAUGUCACUAUAUGAUCCACAGAAAUUAACAGUUAUAAGUGAGAACUACUUGGUGAGAUGGGGGAGUAGAGGCUUUCCAAAGGAAAUUGAUAUGCUCAACAAUCUUAAAGUAGUGUUCACGGAUCUUGGAAAUAAAGACCUUAGUAGAGACAAAAUUUAUUUAGUUUGUCAAAUAGUCCGAGUUGGAAGGAUGGAUCUCAAAGACAGUAACUCAAAGAAAUACACACAAGGACUAAGGCGGCCUUUUGGAGUGGCAGUUAUGGAUAUUACAGAUAUCAUAAAAGGAAAAGCAGAAAGUGAUGAAGACAAGCAGCAUUUCAUUCCCUUUCACCCGGUAGUGGCAGAGAAUGACUUUUUACACAGUCUCCUAAGCAAAGUCACUGCAUCAAAAGGAGACAGUGGUGGACAAGGUCUCUGGGUAACUGUGAAAAUGCUUGUUGGAGAUGUGAUUCAAACUAGGAAGGACUACCCACAUCUUGUAGACAGAACCACAGUUGUUGCUAGAAAGCUAGGAUUUCCUGAAAUAAUCAUGCCAGGAGAUAUAAGAAAUGACAUUUAUAUUACAUUGCUGUAUGGAGAUUUUGAUAAAUACAAUAAAACAACCCAAAGAAAUGUGGAAGUGAUAAUGUGUGUCUGUGAUGAAGAAGGAAAAGUGAUGCCAAAUGCUGUUUGCUUGGGAGCAGGAGACAAACCCGUGAGUGAAUAUAGAUCGGUUCUUUACUAUCAGGUCAAACAGCCACGUUGGAUGGAAACGUUAAAGGUAGCAGUCCCUAUUGAAGACAUGCAAAGGAUACACCUGCGCUUCAUGUUCAGACACAGGUCAUCUCAAGAAUCUAAAGAUAAAGGAGAAAAGAAUUUUGCAAUGGCCUACAUAAGACUAAUGAAGGAGGAUGGAACAACGCUUCAAGAUGGCACCCAUGAUUUGUUAGUCCUAAAGGGGGACAGUAAAAAAAUGGAGGAUGCUAGUGCUUACUUGACAUUACCUUCUACGCGUCAACACACGGAAAAUAAAGGAGCAACCAUAGUCAGGAACUCAAGUAUUAUAGGGGGGCUUUCAGUAAGCUCACGAGAUGCAUUUUAUAUUUCAACUCUUGUUUGUUCUACAAAGUUAACUCAGAAUGUGGGCUUACUAGGUCUCUUGAAGUGGCGUAUGAAGCCAGAGCUACUUCAGGAGAACCUCGAAAAACUGAAGAUUGUGGAUGGGGAGGAAGUUGUGAAGUUUCUCCAAGAUACGCUGGAUGCCCUGUUUAACAUCAUGAUGGAACAUUCCCACAGUAAUGAGUAUGACAUCCUUGUCUUUGAUGCACUGAUAUAUAUCAUAGGACUCAUUGCAGACCGUAAGUUUCAACAUUUUAACACUGUUUUGGAAGCGUAUAUCCAACAGCAUUUCAGUGCAACGUUGGCAUACAAGAAAUUAAUGAGUGUUCUGAAGACUUACUUGGAUACCUCCAGCCGAGGGGAGCAAUGCGAACCUAUCCUAAGAACUCUGAAAGCACUGGAAUAUGUUUUCAAGUUCAUCGUUAGAUCAAGGACAUUAUUUUCACAAUUAUAUGAAGGCAAAGAACAAAUAGAAUUUGAAGAAUCUAUGAGGAGACUCUUUGAAUCCAUCAACAACCUGAUGAAAAGCCAACAUAAAACUUCCAUUUUGUUGCAGGUUGCUGCAUUGAAGUACAUACCGUCAGUUCUUCAUGAUGUUGAAAUGGUCUUUGAUGCCAGGUUACUGAGCCAACUACUAUAUGAAUUUUACACUUGCAUUCCACCAGUGAAACUGCAGAAGCAGAAAGUGCAGUCCAUGAAGGAAAUAGUACGCAGCAACCUUUUUAAAAAGCAAGAAUGCAGGGACAUUCUGCUUCCUGUGAUUACAAAAGAGCUGAAGGAGUUACUGGAACAGAAGGAUGAUCAGCAGGUCCUAGAGAAGAAGUACUGUAUUGAAUUACUCAAUAGCAUCCUGGAGGUUCUGAGCUGUCAAGACCCUGCAUCAACUUAUCACCAUAUUCAAGAAAUAAUGGUACAGUUAUUACGCACAGUGAAUAGAACUGUUAUUACCAUGGGACGAAGUGAUCCCUUAAUCAGUCAUUUUGUGGCAUGCAUGACAGCGAUCUUAAACCAGAUGAACAACCAGCAUUAUUCAGUUUAUAUUGAAACUUUUCAGACAAGUUCAGAACUAGUGGACUUCUUGAUGGAAACGUUCAUAAUGUUCAAAGAUCUCAUUGGAAAGAAUGUUUACCCUUCAGAUUGGAUGGCAAUGAGCAUGGUGCAGAACAGGGUGUUCUUGAGGGCCAUCAACAAAUUUGCAGAGACAAUGAACCAGAAAUUUCUGGAGAAUAUGAAUUUUGAAGUCCAACUGUGGAACAACUAUUUUCAUUUGGCUGUGGCUUUUAUUACCCAAGAUUCACUACAGCUAGAAAACUUUUCUCAUGCAAAAUACAACAAAAUCCAGAGCAAAUAUGGAGAUAUGAGACGUUUAAUUGGCUUUGCUAUCCGUGACAUGUGGUACAAACUUGGUCAGAAUAAAAUUUGCUUUAUUCCGGGGAUGGUUGGACCCAUCUUGGAAAUGACUCUUAUUCCAGAAGUUGAACUACGAAAAGCCACAAUCCCAAUUUUCUUUGACAUGAUGCUGUGUGAAUAUCAAAGGACAGAAGAAUUUAGAAAGUUUGAAAAUGAAAUAAUUUUGAAGUUGGACCAUGAGGUGGAAGGAGGACGUGGGGAUGAACACUACAUGCAGUUGUUUGAGUCCAUUCUUACAGAGUGUGCGCGUCAGUAUCCCACCAUUUCUCGAUCGGUUGAAAAUUUUGUCAACCUAGUUAAAGGCCUCUUGGAGAAACUGCUGGAUUACCGAACUGUGAUGAAUGAUGAAAGCAAGGACAACCGCAUGAGCUGCACUGUGAACUUACUGAAUUUCUACAAGCACAUUAACCGGGAAGAGAUGUAUAUCAGAUAUUUGUAUAAAUUAAGAGAUCUUCAUUUAGAUUGUGAGAAUUACACGGAAGCAGCAUAUACCCUUCUACUCCAUACGUGGCUCUUGAAGUGGUCAGACGAACAGUGUGCACCCCAAGUCAUGUCGACAGAGUUCCAGUGUUCACAGACCUAUCGACACUUGAAAGAGAAUUUGUAUGAGAAGAUCAUAGAAUACUUUGACAAAGGAAAGAUGUGGGAAGAAGCCAUAUCUUUAUGCAAAGAACUUGCAGAGCAGUAUGAAAAGGAAGUUUUUGACUAUGAACUUCUAAGUCAAAACCUGAUUCAACAAGCAAAGUUCUAUGAAAACAUCAUGAAAAUUCUGAGACCUAAACCAGACUAUUUUGCUGUUGGGUAUUAUGGACAAGGAUUCCCCACAUUUCUAAGGAACAAAGUAUUCAUCUAUCGUGGGAAGGAAUAUGAGAGGAGAGAGGAUUUCCAGGCACAGCUGAUGAGUCAGUUUCCCAUUGCAGAGAAGAUGAACACCACCUCAGCACCUGGAGAGGAUGUGAAAAACUCUCCUGGUCAAUAUAUCCAGUGUUUUACAGUGCAACCAGUCCUGGAGGAGCAACCUAAAUUCAAAAAUAAGGCAGUACCUGAUCAAAUUCUAAAUUUUUAUAAGUCCAACAAUGUGCACCGGUUCCACUAUUCAAGACCAGUCAGAAAAGGAUCUGUGGACCCUGAAAAUGAAUUUGCUUCUAUGUGGAUUGAGAGAACAUCGUUUGUUACAGCAUACAAACUUCCUGGAAUUUUACGAUGGUUUGAGGUUGUCUCCAUGUCACAGACUACAAUUAGUCCUUUAGAGAAUGCUAUUGAGACUAUGUCCACAACAAAUGAAAAAAUUUUGAUGAUGAUUAACCAGUACCAAAGUGAUGAGAACCUUCCUAUUAAUCCACUUUCUAUGCUUCUGAAUGGAAUUGUUGAUCCAGCUGUUAUGGGUGGCUUUGCUAAAUAUGAGAAGGCUUUCUUUACAGAAGCAUAUAUCAGAGACCAUCCAGAGGAUCAAGAAAAGCUUAAUAGACUCAAAGAUCUAAUUGCUUGGCAGAUACCUUUCCUUGGGGCUGGAAUUAAAAUUCAUGAAAGAAGAGUUUCUGAUAAUCUUCGUCCUUUCCAUGACCGUAUGGAGGAAUGUUUCAAGCAUUUAAAAGUUAAAGUGGAAAAACAAUAUGGAGCCAGAGAAUUGCCAGAUUUUGAUGACAAGAGAGUAGGACGGCCAAGAUCCAUGCUGAGAUCCUAUCGUCAGUUAUCAGUUAUUUCACUGACUUCCAUGAAUUCGGACUGCAGUACUCCAAACAAAAUUGCCUCAGAAAGCUUUGAUCUGGAAGUAGUGCUACCAAAGCCAGUAAAAGCAGAAUCAGAGGAGACUGCUCUGCAAAUUAAUCCUCACCCUGAAGUAAAGAUGAGAAGGUCCAAAAAAAGAACAAAAAGAAGCAGUGUGGUGUUUGCUGAUGAGAAGACAGCACCUGACAUUUCUAUCUCCGACAUGAAAUGUCUGUCAAGGAAAUACGAGUUCAUGAGUGACACCAACCUCUCAGAACAUGUAGUAGCACCUCAGAAAACAUCUGUCCUCAAGCAGAUGAGUUCUGUCAGUCGUUCUAUGCCAACUAUCCCAGGAUUAACUCUGUCCGUCAGCCCAGUGGCACCUGAUGAAACAAUUGCAUCACAUAGGUUGAGUCAGCCAGUGUUUCCUUCCACCUCAGAUGGUGACAAGAAAACCUUGAAAAAAAAGAAAGUGAACCAGUUAUUUAAAACAAUGCGGAUUUCCAGAGUUCUAGAAGAUGGAAAGCAGUCUGUGGAGCACCAUUUCAAAUCUUCAUCUACAGAUCUGUAAUUCAUUCCAUUACAAGACCACUUCUCAACCGAAAAUAAUUAUAUAUAAAUACAUAUCCUAUUUUGGACCACUGUCUCCUCUAAAGAAAGGCACUGAUAACAUAGAUGGCUAAUAGAGAAUAUGAACUAUAUUCAUGGGCUCUGAUAAGUUACUUGUGAUACAGAUACAGGAAUAACAUUUGAAGACAAUACUAAAGGAUGUGCCCACCAGGAUAUGGAACAAAAGUUUAGUGAGCCUCUGGUUAUAUAGAUCAAAGGGCAUUGUGUGUUCCUUGGUGACAAAACUUGUUCUGGGAAGAAAGAUGUAUUAAAAGGCCAUCUACAAUGGUUACUAUAUAAUGUAAGUCAGAUCCUAUUCUUAUCAAAGAGCACAGAAGUUAUCGGUUUGUGUAGCUUGUAUAGACACACUCCAGUUAUCUUUAAACUAUUGCGGGCAGUGUAGUCAAGGCAACAGAUGGCUCAGCACAAAAUAGCCACUGACAAUUUACUCUGUGGCUGUAGCUGGAUUUACAGUCCUCAGAUCCUUCUGUUGCUCCCACCACACUGCUCUGUAUCCUCCAUCCUUCUCAGGGUGAUGUCCAUGACUGUGACACCAUAUGCCUGAAUUUUUUUCAGAACAGUGGCUAUUGUGUUGAAAACAUCUGCAAAAGUUUAUUUACACAUGUACAAAUUACAUCCAGCAGUAUGAUAAACAAAAGCUGCAUUUUUUGCUGUUCAUCAAUAAAAUGUUAAAAGUUUA